AUGUGUGACACUCGCCGUACAGUUUUCAUCUCUGCUUCAUUCCUUGUACGUGAAUAUAAAUCAAUUCCUGAAAAUAUUUUAACUUCUGCGUUGUUUUUCUUUGGUAGCAAGCGUAGUUGGAUAUUUCCGGCUAAUAAAGACGAUGAAGAUGAAUCACGUGAUCAACCAACACGGUAUCUCGACUUUCCAGCUGCGUUCAAGGAGCUCAUUCAAACAAAAGAAGCACGCAAUGAAGUUUUUUGGUUAAAACCAGAAUGUUCCUAUGAACGAGUGAGCACCUGGCUUGAAUCACUCGGAUAUCAUGGACUUCAACUCAAUGACAAUUACUGGCUUUCACAGCCCAAUGGUAAACAGAUUGUGGCAAACUAUACGAGUGGCGAACAUGACUACCAGCCAGUGAUUGAACUAGUCAACCAGUCGAAUGGAGAUCGACUAACCGCCGUCUUGUGCUAUUCCAGUUUAGCGUCAGAAAAUAAUUAG